AUGGCAAUAGUUUUUAUGAUCUUCGUGAAUGACGGAGCAGGCGGCUACUGGUGGUUGCAGCAUGCCACAUGGAACGGCCUUGUGGCGGGCGACCUGGUGUUUCCCGCGUUCCUAUGGAUUAUGGGUGUGUGUAUACCGCUAUCUGUGAAGAGUUCCUUCGCGAAAGGUGUGCCGAGAUGGAAAAUUGUGAUGCAUAUUGUCAGGCGUUCGUUCUUGAUGUUUCUUCUGGGUAUGUCUUUGAACACAAGGUUCGGGUCUAACAUGCUGUUUGAGCUGCGUAUCUUUGGAGUUUUGCAGCGGUUAGCAGUAGCAUACCUUUUAGCAGCUGGGUUUUAUGCACUCACAGCACCUAAAUAUUAUACACCACCCAGGGGCGCAUGUGGGCAGGCGCUUAAGGAUGUGCUUUCUUGUUUGUGGUGUUGGGUGUUGGCUGCUGUGCUGGUGGCUGCACACACUGUCAUCACCUUCACUAUACAUCACCCGGAUUGCCCUGCAGGAUAUCUAGGACCCGGCGGUAAGCACGAUGACUGGGUAGCACCAGAGUGCAGUGGUGGUGCGGCAGGCUACAUCGAUCGGCUGCUACUUGGAGAAGCACAUCUGUACCAACAUAGUGACGCAAGAAGAGUUUAUGGAGGACCUCCAAUGGACCCUGAAGGGUUGUUGGGUUGUUUAACAUCAACAGUUCAGGCCUUACUGGGCGUGCAGGCUGGAGCUACGGUGUUACUGCAACGUUCCCAUAAAGCCCGCAUCUCUCGGUGGCUGGCUUGGAGCUUAGUCUUCGCAUUAGCUGGAGCGUUACUCGCUGGUUUCUCUCGGGAGCACGGCGUGAUCCCUAUUAAUAAAAAUUUAUGGUCGAUGUCCUUCGUACUAGUAACGUCUGCUUGCUGUCUAAUCCUUUUAUGCUUCUGCUACACCCUGACUGAUGCUUGGCGGCUCUGGGGCGGCGGUCCCUUCCGAUCUCCGGGGCUGAACGCCAUAGCUCUCUACGUUGGACACUACAUCUGUGCCGAGCUCUUCCCAUUCCACUGGAGAGUACCCUUCAUGAGAACACACAUAAUAAAGUUAAUAGAAGCUGUUUGGGGAACAGCUUUGUGGGUUAUUAUAGCUCAUAUAAUGGCAAAGAAAAAAGUCUAUAUUGCUCUUUGA